UGAUCCUACAAGUACAAGUAGUUAGCUCCUGAUUCUCCUUCCUCUUCCCCUCACCUUAUCACUCACUUACUUUACUAUCGCCCAACUGAAUCAAUCAUGGCCCUCCCUUCCAAUGUCCACGUUUCGUCCCAUCCCCUCCUCCAAGCCAAGCUCUCACAGCUCCGGUCCGCAUCCACCUCGACCCGCGAGACCCGCAGUCUGGUGCACGAGAUAGCGACUAUCUUGGGUGUGGAGGCAUUUGCAGCAGGAUGGAAGGUGAAGAAAGCAGGAAUGGAUACCACCCCGUUAGGCACCGAAUACGUCACUCACGACAUUGAUCCUUCGGACAUUGCCUUGGUGCCUAUUCUCCGGUCCGGGUUGGGCAUGAUAGAGGCGAUGAACAACCUUCUCCCCACCUCCGUCCCAAUCUACCACCUCGGUCUCUUCCGCGAACGUCUCACCCUCCAACCCGUCGAAUACUACAACAACCUUCCCUUCCAGCCCGACAGUUCCAGCACUAACACCGCCGCCGCGGCCACAGCCAUUCUCCUUGAUCCGGUCAUUGCAACGGGUGCUACCGCUGAAGCGGCGAUCCAGUUACUUCGUGAAUGGGGCGUGCAGAGAGUCGUCAUGUUGAGUGUGUUGGGUUCGGAGGCGGGUUUGCUUCGCGCGGCGGGCACUUGGCCGGAGGGCGUUGAGGUGUGGACUGGAGCAGUGGAUGCUAGGUGUGAUGAGCGGGGGAUGAUUGUGCCGGGGUUGGGGGAUAUUGGGGAUCGGUUGUUUGUUGCGAUGGGGAAGUAG